AAUGCUUAGAAUACCUGCGACAUGGCAGCUCGCGUUGAUUGUCGAGAUUGACAGCAGCUCCACGCCGUCGUCUUCCCCUGUGUAUGUGUGUGUGUUUGGGGGGGUGGGGGGCACACAGAGAGCGAGAGAGAGAGAAAGAGGGAGGGAGAUAAAGCAGAGAGCAACAAAAGCUACUUGUACUUUUUGGACAGCUCAACUUGAGCGAAAGCGUGUGCGGGACCCUCCUCUGAUGGUGCCGCUCGAACAAGACUUGUUAAGUUGACCGACCGACCACCAUUUUUUCCCCCCUUCCUCUUGUCUUGUCCAACGCGGGAAGAGGACACGUUCGCCUCGACUCACGUCGUCAAGGUCAUUUACAUGAAUUCAAAACCGAUUUGCCAGUGAGUAGCUGGAAACUGGGGAGCAAGUCUUUCAGUUUUUAACCCCACAUGCUGACAUGGAAGGCUUUCUUCGUAGCAGCUUUUUACUGAGCAGAGUCAUGUCUUCCAAGCAAGCCACAUCUCCUUUUGCCUCUGUGGUCGAUGGAGAUGAUGCCAUGAGCCAGGAUCACUUGUCUUGGGAAAAAGAGGAGAACACUGACGUCCACUGCCCACCGCAGUUGCCGCUGCACAAUCUGCUCCAUGGGAAAGCCCACCCCGAUGAAAUUCAGCCGCUAAGCAGUGUACCUCCAGAGAGUGACUGGGACAGCUUGAUGUCUGCACAACAACGCAUGGAAUCUGACAGCAAUAAAGUAUGUUCCCUGUACUCCUUCCGCAACAAUUCCACCUCUCCGCACAAGCCUGAGGAGGGGGCCCGGGAGCGAGGUGACCUGCUGAGCGCAUCAGCAUUUGGAACUCCCGAGCGCCGCAAAGGAAGCCUGGCAGACGUUGUGGACACACUGAAGCAGAAGAAACUGGAGGAGAUGACAAAGACAGAGCAAGACGACUCGUCAUGUAUGGAGAAACUACUUUCUAAAGACUGGAAAGAGAAGAUGGAGAGGCUCAACACCAGUAAUCUUCUAGCUGAUGUAAAAGGUACUCCUGAGAGCCUGGCAGAAAAAGAACACCAGCUCUCCACCAUGAUUAGUCAGCUGAUCAGCCUUCGAGAACAGCUCCUGGCUGCCCACGACGAACAGAAGAAGCUCGCUGCCUCCCAAAUGGAGAAACAGAGGCAGCAAAUGGAGUUAGCUCGUCAGCAGCAGGAGCAGAUCGCCAGACAACAGCAGCAGCUUCUGCAGCAGCAGCACAAAAUCAACCUUCUCCAGCAGCAGAUCCAGCAGGUCCAGGGUCACAUGCCUCCGCUCAUGAUCCCCAUUUUUCCACACGACCAACGCACUCUGGCAGCAGCCGCUGCCGCCCAGCAAGGCUUUCUCUUCCCUCCUGGAAUGUCGUAUAAGCCAGGUGAUAACUACCCUGUGCAGUUCAUUCCCUCCACAAUGGCAGCUGCAGCAGCGUCAGGACUCAGCCCCCUCCAGCUUCAGCAACUGUACACUGCCCAAAUCGCCAGCAUGCAGGUCUCUCCUGGAGCCAAGAUGCCGCCACUCCCGCAGUCCCUCAAUGCCAGUGGACCCAUUUCUCCAUCUUCUUUGAAGAAUGACAAGAGUUCCUGCAGCCCUAUCACACAAGUCAAGGAGGAAGGUACACAGCCGCUCAAUCUUUCGGCUCGGCCAAAGACAACAGACAUGGUCAAGUCUCCAACUUCUCCGACACAAAACCUGUUUUCGCUCUGCAAAAGUAGCCCCAACAGUUUUUCCAGCAAGGGUGGUAUCCCAAGCCCACUUGGAGGUCUGGGCCGUGGCUCCUCUCUGGACAUCCUGUCCAGCUUAAACUCCACAGCGCUGUUCGGGGACCAAGACACGGUGAUGAAGGCCAUCCAGGAGGCUCGUAAAAUGAGGGAGCAGAUACAGAGAGAACAGCUGCAACACCAUCAACAGGGCAUGGAGGCUAAGCUGUCUGCCCUGACUGCUGUGGGCCUCAACAACUGCAGGGCUGACAAGGAAAGGGCACAUUUUGAGAGCCUCGGGCACCACCUUGGAAAGCUGGGAGAGGAUGGCAAAAUUGGGCACAGAGUUAUUGACCUAACCAGGCCUGAGGAUCUUGAUGGAGGCGCUGGGUCUACCGAGGCGAGAGUCUUCAGGGAAUCGAGAGGAAGAAACAACAACGAGCCGCACAUUAAAAGGCCGAUGAACGCGUUCAUGGUGUGGGCCAAAGACGAGCGGCGCAAGAUCCUCCAGGCCUUCCCUGACAUGCACAACUCUAACAUUAGCAAGAUUUUAGGCUCUAGGUGGAAGUCCAUGUCCAACCAGGACAAGCAGCCAUACUAUGAGGAGCAGGCCCGUCUGAGUAAGCUCCACUUAGAGAAGUACCCCAACUACAAGUACAAACCACGGCCGAAGAGGACCUGCAUCAUCGACGGCAAAAAGCUGCGUAUUGGAGAGUACAAGCAGAUGAUGCGUUCACGGCGGCAAGAGAUGAGGCAGUUCUUCACUGUAGGGCAGCCGCCACAGAUCCCCAUCACCACAAGCGCCAGUAUGGUCUACCCAGGAGCCAUCACCAUGGCGACAACUACACCCUCACCCCAAAUGACGUCAGAAUGCUCGAGCGCGUCUGCGAGUCCCGAGCCGCCCAUUCCCGUCAUCCAGAGCACGUACAACAUGAAGCUGGAGGCCACCCCGAUGGCCAACAACAACAACAACAACAACAACAACAACAACAACAACAGAGCGGCGGUCAACGGAGAGGACGACAUGGACAUGUACGAAGACUUCGAGGACGAGCCCAAAUCAGACUAUAGUAGUGAAAAUGACACACAAGAGCCAGUCACCGCCAACUAGAAUUCCGAUGGCGUCUCAGCAGGAAUACAGGAGGAUGCCACACUGUCAAGACGACACCCUCAAGGUUUAAAAGAAGGACGACGCCAACCUGGUGCAAGCCCACAUGCACAUGUGGCUUCAACAACAUCAACAAAAAAGCUAUUUGGUCUUAACUGUUUCUUCAUGUGUGUUCUGAUUUAAUUUUUGGGGGUCAUUAUGAUGAUGAACAUCCGAACAACAUGGCUGCAGCCUACACAACAAAAAACAGAACUUGAAAUUAUUUGACCAUGUGUUUGAACAAUUCGCUGAUUUUGUUCCUCACUCAGGUAUGGUGUGCCAGCCAACAGCGUGUGAAUGUGUCUGAUCAUGGCUCUUUUAGCGGAAAGAAAAGGUCACAUGAAGCAAUCGUCUUCAUCAUUUAGUGCGUUGGUGCCAAACAAGUUGUGUCAGGAGAAAGGCUUAAAGCGGACCUAUGAUGAUUUAAAUCUACUUUUAAAAACACUUCACUUCCUUGUGGUUUAGAUGAUAUUUAUUGGCAUACUUGCCAACCCUCCCGAUUUUCCCGGGAGACUCCCGAAUUUCAGUGCCCCUCCCGAAAAUCUCCCGGGGCAACCAUUCUCCAGAUUUCCACCCAGACAACAAUAUUUGGGGCGUGCCUUAAAGGCACUGCCUUUAGCGUUCUCUAUAACCUGUUGUCAUGUCCGCUUUUCCUCCAUAUAAACAGCGUGCCGGCACAGUCACAUAAUAUAUGCGGCUGUCAAACACACAUAAGUGAAUGCAAGGCAUACUUGAUCUACAGCCAUACAGGUCACACUGAGGGUAGCCGUAUAAACAACUUUAACACUGUUACAAAUAUGCGCCACACUGUGAACCCACACCAAACAAGAAUGACAAACACAUUUCGGGAGAACAUCCGCACCGUAACACAACAGAACAAAUACCCAGAACCCCUUGCAGCACUAACUCUUCCGGGACGCUACAGUAUACAGCCCCACUAACACCAAACCACACCAACCCCGCCCACGUCAACCCCGCCGCCCCCCGCCCCCACACCCCAUCUCCCGAACUCGGAAGUCUCAAGGUUUGCAAGUAUGUUUAUUGGACAUGCUUUAGUGUACAUUUUGCCUCAGUCACAUUUAUAACCCGUUUUUUGAGUCUGCCUGCAAGAUGUUCGAUUCUGUAGGCGUUCCCAGAUUGCAAAUGAAACCACACCCCGACCUCUCCAAAAGUACCAUAAUGUAGCUUUUGAACACGUUGAACACUUUUUGAAUAUGUAUCUUGAAGUCGUCAGCGCUAUUUUUUUUCCAGACACGGUCAAAAAUAAACUUCACAAACAUUACCAUAUUUUACGGACUAUAAGCCACACCGGUAUGUAAGCGGCACCCACAAAAUUUUACAUAUUUUAGCCGCACUACACUAUAAGCCACAGAUAUAUACCGAUACGUCGUCAAAUGAGAUAUUUACAUCGAAAGAUUUUGUAAAUGUUUAUUUACAUACCCUAAUUAUUUCCAAACAGUGCCUGUAACAUGACAGUAAAACAGCUGAUCAAACAAAACACAAAAAGUCAUUGAUUACUUUAUUUAUUAUUUAUGAGAUGAAAAAGAUUUUGUCAUUUUUUUAAAAGUUUCAAAAUGUUGAGUAGGAUUCUUCUUCAUAAUAAUUUGUAAACCCUUUGAGUUUGAAGAGUUUCUUAAAAUGGAUCGUUAUAGUAAUUUGUUAUAUUUAUUUGCUUAAUUCAUUCCAUCGUUUAGCUGUUAGCGAAGAAAAGUCCAAAGAUUAACCGCGCCUUUGUAUAAGCCGCAGGGUUCAAAGCUUAGGAAAAAAGUAGCGGUUUAUACUGUAAUCCGGAAUAUGCGGUAUAUAGAUUCACCCGGUCACUGCCCACGCCCCGCUUCAGACUCUGCAUAAAAAGCUGUUUUUAGCAGCAUUUAUGUCACGGCAUGUUGCUGACAAUGUUAAUAUGCACAUGCCAUGAUUAGAUUACUUUUUUGAAGCUCCUACCCCUCUGGCUAAAAGCUUGACUUUUAAUGUCCGAAUAAGAACGUCCACCUAGCUGUGUGACAUCACGACAUAGCCAGACUGCAAAAGCCAGCAAACAGAGGCAUCCACAACUCUCCAUCACGCCAUAAUGUGUGAACCUUAUGAUGUGACGUUUUGGCAUCGUUCAACAUGAGUAUUCAACAUUUUCUAAGUCAGGAAAGAAGAAAAUCAUCAUAGGUCCCUUUCUAAUACAAAUUCAGAAGGUUCAAAUCUAUCAAGCCAACCUUAGUCAACAUCACUAACUCCUUCCCAGUCGGAGUUCAUCUGACUGAUUGUAAUCAGGCCAGAAUGCUAAAGGGCCAAAAGGUCGCCAAUCUGAAGGAUUGGAAGAGCGGUGAAGGCAGCUUUGGAAGCAUUACAAUCUUCAAAUUGAUGUCGUACAAUGUGUAGCUACACAUCCUUCUCUUAAACGCUUUAGCCCCCAUUUGGACGGCAAGUUUAAAGUCUUAGCUCUUUUUCCUCAAUCUUAAUUCUUUUUGGACAUUGUAAAUCUUGAAUGGACACUAAGACGUCUUAAAACAGAGCACAGUCAUCAGGGCGGUGGCAGUCAUUACUGUCCUCGUCUUAAGACCCGAACAUUUGUACACUAUAAGACAAACUUGGUCAAGUGCACUUAUUAUUUUUUUCCUCAUUCUCGUUGUUGCUUUUCCAGUGCACUUAUCAACAAGCAUUUGAAAGAAAACAAAAGAUGGCAAGUGACCGCUUUGGCUUGAUGCAACUCCUCCAUUUGGACACUCAGAUCCUCUUUAUAGGGCACAAGAUUUAGGUGGGGCUCCCCCACAUAACCCCCCCCCCCCCCACACACACACACACACCUCCUCCUCUCCCUGCCAUGCCCUGCCCUGACCCCUGCCCGGAGUCACCUCAGCACCACCCAGGGGGCGCCAUCUGGGAACGCCAGGGAGGGUCCUAGAAACAAUAAAAGUGAGGCGCGCGUUCCUCAUUGUGCUCUCCAUCAAAGCGCUGGAAAGUGAGGUUCUCAACAGGGGCUGCCCACCGCGGCCCACUCACCAGAUGGAACAAGUACAUCAAGCUGUGGGGGAUUAUUAAAAUGACUGACGACUGGCUAUCAUGUGAGAUGCGCCAUUAUGAAUGCAUGACUUUAGCUAUUCCCCCUUGCUUGCCCUUGAGACAGGAGCUCACUGAGGAUCUCACUGGCCGCUCACUGCUCGGUACAUCCGCAUCACGUCUAUUUAUUUAUUUCACACGCUUUACUCUCCUGACGAGUGGACAUGUUUUCCUCCUGUUUGCUGACUGCUUUGUCUGUGAUUGUAAAUAUGUUCAUGACCAUGCCUCACACGCUGGCUGGAGGCUACUUACACACAAAAGACUUGACCGUGUGCUCACGGGGCAGAGAAAGACACAAAAAAUAAUAAUAAAAAAACACGAACUCAUAAAGGAGACGCUGUUUCAGAAGUGUUUGAAGCACUGGAUAUAAAUUGUCUGAUUAAUGUGAAUCUGUUUGAGGAAGAAAAAGAAAAAAAACCCCACCAUGAAUUAACAAAAUUCCCCAGAUGGACUCGAGUGGGUUUGCUCUCACAGUUGUCAGAUUUUAGUUCGCUUUUCCUUUGUCGACUUGUUUUGUUUAUUUAUGCAAAGACGUGCGAUGGAUGCAUACUUUAGGGCUGCCUUGUGUUUCCAAGUGUCACUAAAACAACAACAAAAAGGACAAUCGAAGCGGGGAUGCUUGGAUUGGGAGUUUGCAAAUUCACCAUUCAUUCUUAAUAUAUAGGAAAUCUUAUUUUAUUUGAAUUUUGAAGCAUAACUUAUGUAGCUUAAUCUAUUUUAUUUCUGUCGUUGUAUGAUUAAAAAAAAAAAAGUCCAUACCUCAUGCAGAUGCUGAAUUCUGUAAUUUAAGAAGCAAUCCAACAAGUACGGUUGUCACCAAAACAAGAAGCACUUGAUGUUAAAGCUCAUCAUGUUUGAAACGUGCUGUUGAAAAGUGGGAAUGUGCAUAUAUUUAUAAGUGGCAAAAUGUUUUGUAUCAAUCAUUUCUUGUCACAUGAUCAUGACGAUCCAGCCAUGUGCAAAAGGAGCCCUUCCGAGGACAAGAUUUCUAUGCUGAUUCAUGCUUUUUACUGUAUUUUUUUCUUCUUCUUUUGCCAUGAAUGGAGUGGGACUGCUGGCUGUGUGUUAAUUUAAUCAGCACAAUUCACUGACAUGCUGGACUGGUGAAAUACUCGCUGCUGUUGAGGAGGUACUUUGUUUGUGAAGCAACACUGUGUCAGGCUCUUCCAUCAUUAGAGCCCCUUUUUUGGACUUUGCUGGCAGUCUACGUAAAAAAAAACAAAAAAAACUUUUGUUGUUUUUCCUGGCAGGUACCUACGGUAUAGGCCAAUGGCAAGUAUUCUUCGGGUGUUUUUAGAAAAAAUACUUAGUGUCUGUCGCUGCUUGAAAAAAAUACGUUUAUGUCUGAAUAUGUAAAUAGUUUAUCAUAAUAUCUUGUACAGUCCAAUGUAAAGUUUUUAAUUCAACUUCAUAACGUUGCCAUCGUGUUCACAUUCUUUCCACAUUACAAAAAAACAGAUUAUUUGCUUGGUGAUAUCGCUCAAAAGAUAAAAUACAUGUUUUUUUCUUUUCUUUGUUUGGUUUGGCUUCCUAGUGUACACCAGCAGGUUUCCAUGUGCAGUAUUGACGUGAGGUAAACUUAAGGUGAAUCCUUUUACAGUGGUUGUGUGCGUGUGUGAUUGAGUGUGUGAGAGAGAGAGAGAGUGUGUGUGUGUGUGUGUGUGUGUGUGUGUGUGUGUGUGUGUGUGUGUGCGUGUGUGUGUGUGUGUGUGUGUGUGUGUGUGUGUGUGUGUGUGUGUGUGUGUGUGAGUGCAAUCUCCCCUAGCUUUUGUAGUAUUACUAUAUCAAGUUAAAAAAACAAAUAUAUUUGGGUGCAUCUAGGCAUCAUGAAAAUGUGCAUACUUUGUAAAAAAAAAAGAAGAUAAAUCAUCCCCAAAAGAAUGAGUUGAGGCAUCAAAUGGUGUGAUAUAAUUUCUGUGUCUCAGUGUAUUGUAACAAUCUAACACGGCUUAGCAGAGUAGCAGCCUGUUUAUGCUCAUUUACCUCAAAUAUUUUCCCCUCCCUUUGUGUAAAAGAAAAAGAGUUUCUCACAUCACUCCAUCUUUUGUACUGCUGUUGACACUUACAAAUUAAAAAGGCAUUUUGUUUAAAUACUCAUUGUGGUCCUCACUGAUCUUCUUUGUGUCAGAGGUAUGGGGAAACAACCCAAAACCUUGUGAUGUGUCCAGAUGUGAUUUGAAAAAAUACAUUCAUUAUUAAAAUGAU